AUGACAUCAGUUUUUCAUUCCGGUGAAGUUAAUUUAGUCAAGCAGACAUGUGAAGAUAUAUUCGGAUUGUUAAUUGCAUCUGAUGAAUUAUUGCUUGAUGAAUUAUUCAACUAUGUCCAAGUUCACUUAAUCGAUAAGCAUUUCGAUUGGAUCCAAAAUAAUUUUGUCCAGGUUCUUCAUUCCGUAUUUAAACUUAAUAAGAAUUUCGAAGCAUUGAAAAAUACGUUAGAUCAAUUCAUUCCCCUUAUUCGGUUUGUGGAAAUUUCACCAAAAGAUUUUUUUGAUAAUGUUCGUCCUUAUAAGGGAGCUAUUUCAAAUCAUAUUUAUGAAGAAAUUGAGGAAUUUUAUUAUAAAAAAACCUUGCCAAAAUCAAUAAAUGUUUCUCAACGACCUAGGAAAAUCCAAAUCGGAAUUGAAUCACAGAUUAUCAAACCGGGUCUCGCUAAUAUAAUUACUCAUUGGAUCGAAAGAAAAGAUGAUAUUAAUCUUCUGCUCAAGAAAAUGUAUAAGUUUGAGCUUCUCUAUCGUAGUAGCCAAGAUGGGCUUUCUCAUAUUACACUUCGUAAUAAAUGUAAUAACCAUGGUUCAUGUCUGGUGUUAGUCCAACAACAAUCAACAACAAAAAUUUUAGGAGGAUAUAAUCCACUUGGUUUUACUCUUAGCAAUGGAGGAUGGCAAGAAACACGUGAAAGCUUUAUAUUUUCUUUUGAAAAUGAUAAUGAUACUACAAAUAUGAAAAUAAGUCGCGCAGUUGAUACUCAACAUGCAAUGUAUGAAAAUAAUGCUAAUGGAUUCAAUUUUGGCAGUACUUUUUAUAUGAUAAAUCAAUCAAUUUAUUUGAACUAUACUGGAGUUUAUGAUUGUAGUAUUGUGGCAAAUUCAAGUUUGAAUUCUAACUUUGUUCCGAAUGUUAUUGAAGUUUUUAAAGUUAUAUAA